AUGGAUCCGUCUGAGCUGUUUAAGACCAGGGCGCCCCCUGUGGCGGUUCACGCUGACCUGGAUGUCUUAAGCUUCCUGCAACAACCGGGGGAGGACAACAGCACGGCAGAGCAAUGCUUCCGCGCUCACUCUCGGAACAGCGUCCUCCAGGGCCUGCCAUUUGGUGGGGUGCCCACAGUCCUCUUCAUAAAUGUGGUGCUUUGGAUGUUGUUAUUGCUCAUCUUUUCUUGUCUGAGGAAGGCUGCGUGGGAUUAUGGGCGUUUGGCCCUGCUUAUGGACAAUGACAGUCUUACAUCCCUGUUUUAUGGAGAACCGAGUGAAAAGGAGAAGUCUCCCUCGGAGUCCAGCCCCUCAGACUCUGAGAUAAAAGACAUGGGCUUCUGCUCAUGGCUUUCAUCUCUUUACCAUAUGAAGGACGAGGAGAUCCGCAGCAAGUGCGGCAUCGAUGCAGUCACAUACCUGUCCUUUCAGCGCCACAUCAUGCUACUCAUGACAGUGGUUUCCCUGCUGUCUUUGGCUGUAAUCCUGCCCGUCAACUUUUCAGGGAACCUUCAAGGAGACAGCCCCAAAGACUUUGGAAGGACGACCCUGGCUAAUGUUAGCGCAAAGGACAGUUUUCUUUGGCUGCACAGCGUCUUUGCUUUGGUUUACUUUAUCAUCACUCUGGUGUCGAUGGCUCACCACUCAGCAAGGCUGGAGCACAGAGAGGAUGAGAAGGCUUCCAGGACCCUGAUGAUCACCUCCAUACCCAGAGAGAUCUCAGACCCAGGACUCAUCACCAAACACUUCCACGAGGCGUACCCCAGCUGCACAGUCACGGACAUCCGCUUCUGCUUUGACGUUCACAAACUGAUGAAGCUGGACUUAGAAAGGCGUAAAGCAAUGAAAGGCAGGCUCUAUUUUGCUACUAAGUCCCAAAAAGAUGGGAAGGUCAUGAUCAUGACCCAUCCGUGUGCACAGAUAUUUUGUUGCAACAUAUGUGGCUUUGAGAAGGUAGAUGCAGAACAGUACUACAGCGAAUUAGAGGAGAAGCGCACAGAUGAGUUCAACGCAGAGAAGCAGCGGAUCACCAUGAAAAGGCUGGGAAUCGCCUUUGUGACUCUUAGAGAUGAGAGAAUGACAGCUGUCAUUGUGAAGGACUACAGGCGUGUGCGCUGCCGUAGAAGACCCCAGCAGUCCAGCAUCACUACUGUGGUGCAGUCGCACAGAUGGGGGGUCAGCUAUGCACCUGCUCCAAGUGACAUCAUCUGGGAGAACCUGUCUGUCUGCGGCUCUCGCUGGUGGCUCCGAUGUGUUCUCCUCAACAUCCUCCUCUUCUUGCUGCUCUUCUUUUUCACCACUCCUGCCAUCAUUGUGAACACCAUGGACAAGUUCAACGUCACGCAGCCCAUGGAGAGUUUGAGGAGCCCGAUUAUUACUCAGUUCUUUCCCACCUUCCUGCUCUGGGUGUUCUCAGUGCUCCUGCCUUUCAUCGUUUAUUACUCAGCCUUCUUUGAGUGCCACUGGACCAGAUCAGUUGAAAACCAAGUGACGAUGCACAAGUGUUUUCUGCUGCUGAUCUUCAUGGUGAUCAUCCUCCCUUCACUUGGUCUGUCCAGUCUGGACCUCUUCUUCACUUGGUUGUUUGACGUCAACUUUCUGGAUGAGAAAGAAAUCAAAUUCCAGUGUGUGUUUCUUCCUGACAACGGUGCAUUCUUUGUGAACUACGUGAUCACCUCCAGUCUGGUUGGAACAUCUAUGGAAUUGCUUCGAAUCCCAGCACUGACUGUGUACGCUCUGCGACUCUGCUUUGCCAAAUCCCAGGCUGAACGCAUACAUGUUAAAAGGAGUCAAGCUUAUGAGUUCCAGUUUGGCCUGGAAUAUGCCUGGACAAUGUGCAUCUUUGCUGUCAGUAUGACCUACAGCAUCACAUGUCCUAUCAUUACACCCUUUGGUCUGCUCUACGUGAUCUUAAAACACAUGGUUGAUCGAUAUAACAUCUACUACGCAUAUGUUCCCACUAAACUCAACCAGAAAAUCCACAGAGCGGCAACCUGCCAGGUCAUCGUGGCUCCAAUCCUCGGCAUGUUCUGGCUGCUCUUCUUCUCUGUUCUCAGAUUAGGUCCAAUGCAUCCCAUCACCUUGUUUACAUUCGUUUCUCUCAUCUGCUGUAUUGCCUGCUCACUUUUCCGUAUAUGGCUUCGAAAGACACCCGACAAGUCAACAAGCUACCAGAUGUCUGAUCAGCCAGCUGCAGAAACGUAUCCCGAUGCAGACAGGAGCACAGUGACAUCAACCACUGCCUCAAAUCUGUUUGUUGCAUCUGUGUUGUUGGAGCCAGAGCUGGCUUUAACACCCAUGCCAUCCCCGGCUCACCAAGGCUACGGUGCCAUGGCCAGCUCCCAGAGUUCAGGUCACGGACCGGCGGCUGGAGCAGUGGCUGAGGAGGAACAAGCCCAAACUUUUGAGACUGAGCUCAGAGACCCUGCAGACCCCUACUGUUCCAGCCCGCUCAUGGACAGCCCCACAGGCUACCAGUGACAGCAGCUCCCACUUCAUCUAAUUUACAUGUGUCCUGAAGUGGCGGAGCACAGAUUUUUAAAUGCUGCUAUGCUGCAUUUUGACCGCAGGCUCUAAUUUGGCUGCAUCAGACAUUGAGACAAGAUAGAUCUUAUGUGAGGACAUAAAGAAUCUAAUGAAACAGCUGAAUUAUUUAAGACAGAGCAUUCCAAAAGAAAGCAGCUACCUAAAACCUUGUCUGAACUUGCUUCAUAAACACAUCAAGAUCAAGCUAAUAUACAGUUAAUAAAAAAUGAAAAUUAUCUCCUAUUGCUUCCUUUGCAAGUUAAAAAGGUUGAAAGUAAAAGGGAGGGAAUGUAGCUUGAAGCCACUAGCAGACAGACACGCUCCAUGCUGUGCAACUGGAACAUUAGCGGAGUGGAAAGUUCCCAUCACAGUGGGUGGUGAGAGCAGGCUUGCCCCUGUAGACUGACAGCGCGGCCCGGCCAUGGGUGAUAUGUGCUUCCUCUGUGAGGCUGAGGGUGAGGGCAGCGACUUGUGAAGCCAUCUGCCAUGAGAUUGCAGACAGACGGAGGGCAGUCAGGCUCUCAGAUGGACUGUAGUAUAUGUACAGUCCUGCCAUAGAGGCAGAAAUGGUCUAAAGCUUAUUGUAAUUUAUCUCAAUAUAAGGUUGCUAUUUUUGCUACUGUAUUUUUGGUGUUGUUCACGUGAAAGCUUUAAAUUGGAGGGUGGUGGGUUCUCAACUUUCUCAUCUUAAUGAGAAAAUUACAUUGUUUACUCUGUUAACCUGUGUACCUGAUCUAAUUGUUUGGGUUUUUUAUGCUUUCACUUCUUGCAUACAGUAUACUUUGGCGAUCAAAUUAUUGAUUUCCAAUUAGCAGAAAUAAUGUAAAAAAGAAAAUUGUAUUUAAGUAAUUUAAUUCGAAAACUCUAACCUAUGAUGAUUCAUUGCACACAAAGUCAAAUAUUUCCCUAUGUCUCUGUCUAUUUUGUUGAUGAAUGUUUGUUUCUAAUUUCUGUCUAAAAGAGUUUUUCCUUCCAUCCAACUUUUCUGUAAUAUAUUUUUGUUGUUUACCCUCUUUUUGGAGACCAUCAAAAACUAAUGUAGGCAUGAAAUAACAUUAUAACAUAAAAAAAAAAGUUUUUUGUUGAUCUUACAUAGUACUUAAGUUUGCUGAAAAACUGAAUUUAAGGUUGUCAUUAGCUGUGAUCCAUGAUAGAAGAAAAUAAAGGAUUACAGCACAUAUAAUUGUCUAAUCAAUUAAUCUAUUAUUUUUCCCUUUUCUAUUGAAUUGUUUGAAGAGUAAGGCUUUUCAAUGAUAUUCUGAUUUAUUGAAAUUUACUCAAAGUACAUCCAAUACUCCAUUCUGGCUUAUAUUUUUAAAAGACUAAAUUACGUUUACAUUGGAUUAGCUAAAUUCAAAUAUAAUGAUGAUUAUAAAUGUGAACGUGUUUGCUCUUUUUGUUUAAUCACAUAGGCUUAAUUCAUCAUGAGCUCUGUGUAUUAUGUGCAGCCUUGUCAUAUGAACAGACAAUCACAAAAAACAGACCUAAUAGUAUGUACAAAAGAGUCAAUGUGCAGAAGAAGGCAAAUUACAGCAGGCUAAAUUAGCAAUACACCGCACCUUUUGCAUUUAUUGGCAUCCCAGGUAAAGACACUUUAGAAAGCCUUGGAUUAAACUUGACAGAGGUAGCAUGAUCUUACAAUGAAAUAUUUUUCUUACUGUAACCUUCAUUUGAAGACAUUAAUUUAGACCUGAACAAAAUCGUACAUAAGGAUUUUUUCUUUAUAAAAUUAGUAUCAUGUAUCACCCACAGAAAUUCCAUUAAAAUGAAAUGAUGCAUUUUCUAUUCAGCAACUUUCCAAGGUUUGAAUUCAAUAAGUUCUUGGAUAUUGAUUCAGCAUUUUAUUUAGUGCAACCAUUUUAAGCUUUUAAGAUCACCUCACUACCACAUGCAAAAUAAUUAAUUCAAAGCAUGUUUAAGAGGUAUUUUAGGAACUAAACCCCUUUUCUGUCCCACCACAAACAAAUGUGUGGAGUGAUUGACUGGACAUCCUGAUAGGGAGCCAUAUUCCCUGUAAAAAAAAAAAAAAAAAAACGCUAUCCUUAAGGAAUACAUAAAUAAAAAUUUUAAGUAAACAUUUUUCCAAAAUCCCAAAGAUC